AGGGUGCAAAAUCCUAUAAAUAAAGGUCGGUCGGAACCGAGGAGAUCAUAAACGUAGUACUCGUCUUUCAACAGUGUCUCUGUGUUCCGUUACCAUUAGCCAUUCAUCAUCCAUGGCUUUGGAGGUUGCAGUGAAGGCAGCUGUUGGUGCUCCUAAUGUUCUCGGAGACUGUCCAUUUUCCCAAAGGGUACUCUUAACUUUGGAGGAGAAGAAACUCACUUAUAAACUCCACCUCAUCGAUCUCAGCAACAAACCUCAGUGGUUUUUGGAAGUAAACCCUGCAGGGAAGGUGCCAGUGAUUCAGAUAGAUGGCAAAUGGGUGUCUGAUUCUGAUGUAAUUGUCGGGAUUCUUGAGGAAAAAUACCCAGAACCACCUCUCGCCACUCCUCCUGAAUUUGCCUUCGUGGGAUCAAAUAUAUUUGGGUCGUUUGUGAGUUUUUUGAAGAGUAAGGAUCCAAAUGAUGGAACAGAGCAAGCGUUGGUUGCUGAGUUGAAUGCUUUGGACGAACAUCUCAAGGCCCAUGGUCCAUAUGUUGCUGGGGAGAAAGUCACUGCUGUUGAUCUGAGUUUGGCACCAAAACUGUACCAUCUUGUGGUAGCACUUGGCCACUUCAAGAAGUGGAAUAUUCCUGAAAAUUUGGCACAUAUUCACAACUACAUCAAGCUUCUCUUCUCCCGGGAAUCGUUUGAGAAAACCAAGGCUGCUAAGGAAUAUGUUAUUGCUGGAUGGGCGCCAAAGGUCAAUGCUUGAAGUAGCUCUGAAUAUCAGACAUGAAUAGAGGAUGGUGAACUUACCAAGCGUGUUGUUCAUUAAUAAUAAUAAAUAAAUGUGUAGCUUGUUCGUGUGUUCUUGUCUCUCUUACUUAUGAUUUAGUUAACUUGAAAGAACUACUUAAACUUUAUUAGGAUUAUAAAAUAAAGAACAGUGCAAAUUAUAAUGAG